UCCCGGAAGUGUCUGUCUUCUCUUCCCCGGCAGUAACAUGGACGCUGUUGACUGCGAUGUGAUCAUGGAUCCAGAGCCGCAAAUAAUGAACGAAGAGGAGCUGGCGAGGGAAGCUGAAUGCUUUAAAGAACAAGGAAAUGCCUUUUACAUCAAGAAGGAUUAUACUGAAGCAUUUAACUACUACACAAAGGCCAUAGACGCUUGCCCUAAAAAUGCCAGCUACUAUGGAAACAGAGCCGCCACUCUGAUGAUGCUCAGCCGGUUCCGGGAGGCCCUGGAAGAUGCCCAGCAGGCCGUGCGGUUGGACGACUCUUUCGUCAAGGGACAUCUCAGAGAAGGGAAGUGCCACCUGUCCCUGGGUAAUGCCAUGGCAGCCAGACGCUGCUUCCAGAAGGUUCUAGAACUGGAGCCAGACAACAGCCAGGCUCAGCAAGAGCUGAAAAAUGCAGACGCAGUGCUGGAAUAUGAGAAGAUGGCAGAGUUUGACUUUGAGAAAAGGGAUUUCAGGAAGGUGGUGUUUUGUAUGGACCGUGCCUUGGAAUAUGCCCCCGUGUGUCACCGCUUCAAAAUCCUGAAAGCAGAGUGCCUGGCCUUGCUGGGGCGCUACCCUGAAGCCCAGUCUGUAGCCAGCGAUAUCUUGCGGCUGGACUCCACGAAUGGCGACGCGCUGUACGUGCGCGGCCUGUGCCUGUACUACGAGGACUGCAUCGACAAGGCCGUCCAGUUCUUCGUGCAGGCUCUGCGCAUGGCCCCCGAUCACGAGAAGGCGCGGCUGGCGUGCCGAAAUGCCAAGGCGCUGAAAGCGAAGAAGGAGGAAGGGAACAAAGCCUUCAAGGAUGGGAACUACGAGGUGGCCUACGAGCUUUACUCUGAGGCACUACAAAUAGACCCCAACAACAUCAAGACCAACGCCAAGCUCUACUGCAACAGGGGCACUGUGGGCUCAAAGCUGAAUAAAAUAGAGCAAUCAAUAGAAGACUGCACAAAUGCUAUAAAACUGGACGAAACUUACAUCAAAGCAUACUUACGGAGAGCACAAUGUUACAUGGACACCGAGCAAUAUGAGGAAGCUGUGCGAGAUUAUGAAAAAGUCUAUCAGACAGAGAAAACAAAAGAACACAAGAUUCUACUCAAGACAGCUCAGCUGGAACUGAAGAAAAGCAAGCGAAAAGAUUACUAUAAAGUCCUGGGAGUGGACAAGAACGCCACGGAAGAUGAAAUCAAAAAGGCAUACCGAAAACGAGCGCUUAUGCACCACCCAGAUCGCCACAGCGGAGCCAGCCCCGAGGUGCAGAAGGAGGAGGAGAAGAAGUUCAAGGAGGUGGGAGAAGCCUUCACCGUCCUCUCGGACCCCAAGAAGAAGGCCAGAUACGACAGCGGUCAGGACCUGGACGAUGAUGGCAUGAACAUGGGAGAUUUCGAUGCCAACAACAUCUUUAAGGCAUUCUUCGGUGGUCCGGGGGGUUUCAGCUUUGAAGGUAAUUCAACAUCUGGACCCGGGAAUUUCUUCUUCCAGUUUGGGUAAAGGGUGGAGGCCAGCAACACGUUCGCCAAGCUCUGUCAUGGACAUCACUGAAACGGACUCAUGUUCCCUCCCUGUUUUUAAUGUUCCAGUAGUUUCUGUUUUCAGUUGGAUACCUCUCUAUUUAUGCUCACAUGUGACGAAAGUUAAAUCACCUUGUGGAUAGAUAACGGAAGAAACAUAAGACUGCCUCUUUUUUUUUUAAUCGUAUAUUCCUGGAACGUAAUGGUUCUUAAAAAAAACGUAGUCACUGUAAUUGGUGCAUGGUUCUUAGAUUGGAUUAAUGUUCCUCUGAAACUGAAAUGCAGGAGGGCACUUUGUGCUCGACCGUUCUUUAAAAACCAGAGACCAGACAUUUCUGAAUACAUUGUACAUUUAAUGGUAUGCCCUGUCCCCCUCCCCCCCAAAAAAUGGAGAAACUUUAGCUUCAUGCAUCACAGUAGGACUCCUGCUGGAGAUGGAGCGUAGCUGCAGGUGGCCUCUGCUUUGUCUUGCUUCAGAGACUGUUGAUGUUGUGGGUAGUCCGGAGCAGAGAUUUCACCUGAGUGGAAAACCUUUCGCAGUCCCAAGACAGAGCAGCUGGGAAGAAACCUAGAAUAAAGCAUGUGAAAACAAAAAAAAAAACCACACACAAAACAUACUUGAAUCCUGUUCUACCUUUCUCUUUGCCAUUUAGGUUGUAUUCACAAAGUAUCGGUAUUCCUUUUAUCACAUUUGAAACUGCAGUGAUUGUUGUUGGUUUUUUUUUUAGAAAUGACCGAGUCUUUUCCAUGUGAAGGAAGGGGUGAGAGAACUGUCCUAAACUCCAUGCGAAAUACUUUGUGAAUACACUCCUUUUGAGUCUCAUGUUAGGAACAAAUAAUGUGCUUUUGAAAUAUGCUGAGGUAAUGGAGUAAACAUCUAAACACUGCAUUAUGCUGCUGAUGCUAGCCGGUUCAGUGGCUAGUUCAUUGGUCAUCCAAUCUUCAUUGGCUUCAGUGUGCUGUUUGCCAGUCGAUCAUUGGUGCAUUCAUUGUACAUUUUACUGGAAUGUAAAGUGUCUAUUUGUGUUGAUAGCUGAAGAAAUUUUUUAUAUAAUAUUUAUUGUAAUUUCACAAGCCGUGGCCUCAUUCCCAAUCGUACGGGUUGUCUUUGUGGCAAAUCGAUCUUAGAGAACUGUGCAGAGGCUUCAAAAGGCGGGGACUCGACAUGACCUCCACGUCUCUUGCAUGGAAAAAGUCAUUGGAUUAUGAAUUAAUUUUCGUCGUAAAUUUGUAAAUAAAGUUAGCCUCUCUUUUCCUUUCGUUUUUAUAAGUCGAGGUAUGGUUUUUCCCCCCCCCCAUUCUCAAAGCUUCUCACCCUGAAAUUUGAUCCAUUGAACAGGCGAGACCGAAGAAACCCAGAAUCCUUCACUCCUCGCUGAUGUAUUUUGUUAACUUUGCUGGCCUGUUUUUCUUGACCUUGAAUGGAGUUAUUGCCAAAGGUACCAGCACUGCAAAACUCAGGCAUGUGCUCGCAGUGCAUUGCAUUGAUGCCUCUUGAGGGGGCUGAUUAAUUUUAGUUGGCUAACUACCUGCAAUGGUAAGCAUGGAUUGUUUUUGGUUCUUUACUCGGAGAAGAAUGAAACUGCAGUGUGAACGUGUUUGGUAGUCUUGGGUCCAUACAGAGAAACCUUUGACCCUCGGCCCGGGCCUCCCCUCACCCUCGCCCUGAUCUGCAUGUGAUCAGCUCCUGUCAUUGCCAGGCACUGUUCUUGCUGUUGGCAAACAGUUAAAUCUCAAAUAUUAUUCUGUCUGGCCCCAGUCAGGAGUGGUGUGUAUGAAUGUGAGUAUUUGCACUUACUUUUGUAUCUAAAGAAAAUGCUUUGGUCAAAUGUCAUGUUCUAGUAAUCCCAAUAACAUAAAGGCUCUGGACCCCUUAAAAUAUAUUUUGCCUUCAUUCAUGCCUUUGUAAUGACAGCCCCUCAGGAGACUUGAUGACCACAUGUUAUAAUGUCAAAUCCUUUCAGAGACCUCUGUUAUGGUGCACAUUCACUCUCCUAUGUGUUAAUUCUGCUCAGCGAUCCAAGUGAAGAUGCAAUGGGGGAGUAUGAGCAAGCGUUUUUUUUUAAUUCUUUGUUUUUACAAGGCCUGGUCCCUUUUCUUAAUUUCAGCAGCUGCAGUGUAUCUCAAUUUGAAUUAUUAAACAACAUUCUGUGUUGACCUGAUGUAUGCAUAACCAUUUUUCAAUUGAAUAUGCCACCGGAGUAAUAUAGAGGGAUGUCUAUAGUAAUCUUUUUUUUGUUUAUAGAUAUUAAAUAUGCAUCUUUUAUCUCUCAAA